UCCAAAUACAUAGUACAAUCCUUCAUCUUAAAUCUUAUCCUAUCCUGACUUUCAAUUAUAUACUCGUGGCUUCCCAAUUUAAUUAUCCACCUUUUUCUUUUUUGGUCAUCCAAAAAUAAUAGUCCUCUUCAAAUUUGAAAGGAUAAUUGAAUCAUUUUGAGGGGGACAAUGUCACCGUUAUAUUUUAUUAUUGCACGAAGUGUAGGAUUAAGUAGCUAGCCUUGGCUUUGGGAAAUCGGUGGAAAUGGCUACCAGUAGAAUUCACAUUCUAGUGUUUCCUCUCCCAGCACAAGGUCACAUAAACCCGAUGCUCCAAUUCGCGAAGCGCUUAGCGUCCAAAGGCGGUGUCAAGGUCACACUGGUCACCACAACCUCCAGUAGCAGCAAGUCGUCCGUGCAAUUAGCCGAAGCCAGCUCCGUCAACAUAGAGACCAUCUUCGAUGGCAUUGAUGACAAUUACAAGAUAGACGACUUUGCCGAGUAUCUUGAGCGUUUCAAAGUCGCAGUCACACAAAGCUUGUCGGAGCUCAUCAUUCAGAAUCAGAAUCAGAAUCAGAACAAACUAGUGGUGGUGUAUGAUUCAGCAAUGCCGUGGGCUCUAGACAUUGCCCGGCAGUUGGGUGCAUAUGGAGCUGCAUUCUUCACUCAAUCGUGCGUCGUUAACGCCAUCUACUACCAUGUGAAUCAAGGGGCUCUCCUCGACAUCAAUCCUCAUCGUCAUCUUCAAUUAGUUCAAGGAUCCACAGCCAUGGUGUCUGUGCCUUCAGUGCCAGUAGUGCUCGGAAUUAAUGAUCUACCAUCCUUCGUCUAUGACGUGGACUCGUAUCCAUAUUUCUUGACCCUCGUACUCAACCAAUUUUCCAAUUUCCAUGAAGCAGAUUUCGUCUUGUUUAACACCUUUGACAGGCUGGAGCAUGAGGUAGUAAAGUCGAUUGCUAGCCAGUGGCCAAUGAUGAAGACAGUGGGACCAACAAUUCCAUCAAUGUACUUAGACAAGCGAUUAGAGGACGAUAAAGAUUAUGGGGUGAGUCUUUUCAAGCCAAGUGCAGAAGCAUGCAUGAAGUGGCUAGAGAGCAAGGAAAGUAGGUCAGUUGUUUACGUAUCAUUCGGGAGCUUGGCCGACCUAGGGGAAUUGCAAAUGGAGGAACUGGCAUGGGGCCUAAUGACGAGCAGCAACACAUACAGCUUCUUGUGGGUAGUCAGAGCUUCCGAAGAGAGUAAGCUCCCGAGCAAUUUCAAGAACGCAUUGGAUUCGAAAGGUCUGGUCGUGAAUUGGUGUCCUCAGCUGGAAGUUCUGGCUCAUCAGGCCGUGGGGUGCUUCGUAACUCACUGUGGAUGGAACUCAACACUCGAGGCCCUGAGCUUGGGAGUGCCGAUGGUGGCGAUGCCACAGUGGACGGAUCAAACGACUAAUGCGAAAUGUAUUGUGGACUUAUGGAAUGUAGGGGUGAGGGUCAGGGUCGACAGUGAGAAGGGAGUUGUCAGCAGAGAUGAGAUUGAGCUGUGUGUAAGACAAGUCAUGGAGGGAGAGAGAGGGAAUGAGCUUAGAAACAAUGCUGUCAGGUGGAAAGAAUUGGCUAAAGAGGCUGUCGAUGAAGGUGGAAGCUCCGAUAACAACAUUGAGGAAUUUGUUUCAAAACUAGUAUGCACUUAACAUGAUCGGUAUAAUAAUGGUAAGUAGUCUGAAAGUUGAAUGUAUCCCACUUAGAGAAUAAUUUUAUAUUGAUGUAAUUAAAUAUGAUGAUAUCAUCAUUAUUUCUUAUUUACAUAAAUUUAGUGGUGUGUCUGACUCUAAUAUACAUGUAUAUAUGGAUAUUGAUUCUCUA